UAUCUCGGCGAGGAGGAAAAGAGCGACAAAUGCAGAAGUGAAGUCUGGAAGUUUGCUCGUGCGGGUUCGCGGCGUCAAAAGUGGGUUUUUCAUUAGAUUUUUAUAAAGGCUUUAGCCGGGUUGCUUUAUUAGAAAUUAAUUAAAACCUUAAAUUAAGCGGUCGUGGUAGAUUUGUGAAGUGGAGUGAACUUUUGUCUGUGUUAGGUGACGCGAAGUAAACGCGGCAGCCCAAGCCAAUUUUCUUUCCUGAUUUAUGUAGAAGAAAGAAUAGAGGAAAACAGGGAACAGUGUGAAACGAUUGAUAAAUGUUUUUAAUUUGAAGUUAAGCGAGUUAGUGCGGCAAAAGUUUUACUCGGAAAGAUUGCCAGACAAGUAUCAAAUUGAGGUUAGGUGAUAGAAGUGUUCACGUAUAAGUGGGGGUCCCAUUAGGACGCUUGCUUGGGCAGGUUGAUUUUGCGGGGUAGAUUCGAAAUAUUUUGAGAGGCGAUGGCGGAUUCAGACGAUGAAUACGACAGAAAACGGCGUGAUAAAUUCCGCGGUGAACGAAGUGCUGGUGAUAGCUAUCGAUCGGAGCGAAGGGAAGAUCGUCGCGGAGGCGGCGGCGGACGAGAUGAUUGGAAUGAUCGUAAUCCUUUCAGAGGCCGAGCUCGCCCAGACUACGGAGAAUAUAGAGGUGGCGGCGGUGGCCGUGGACGAGACCGGUAUUCGCCGGGUCGUGACUUGCCUCCGCCGAAGCGCAUGCGGCCUGAUUGGGGUGAUGAAGGACGUCCUCGAUAUGGUGGUCAUGAAGGAUAUCCGAUGUACGGUUGGGGCCACGAGCCAUAUCCAAUGCAUCCCGGGCACGGCGGUUACGGUGGGCACCCGCAAAUGAAUAAUCAUUCUCGGGGUGAAGCUGCCGCAAAUCCCGACCUCCAAACACAGCCACCCAUGCUCACACUGAAGCAAUUUUUAGACACCCAGGACGACACCAUUUCGGAUUCAGAGGUACUGAGGAAGUACAGCGAAUAUAAGUUGGAAUUCAAACGGCAGCAGUUGAACGAAUUCUUUGUCGCACACAAAGACGAAGAAUGGUUUAAAAACAAGUAUCAUCCCGAGGAAUCAUCAAAGCGGAAAGAAGAGCAGUUGGGCUUUUUGAAGCGUCGAGUGGACGUGUUUUCAGAACUACUGGAGAAAGGCCAAAUAACGAAUGUAUCAGUGGAUACGAAUCAAACUGAUCCGUUGUUGCGGCUUCUUGAUACUGUCGUGAUUAAACUUGAAGGUGGGACUGAGGAAGAUUUAAAAGCCCUCGAUGAGAAACCUCAACCAAUCCAAGAAUCGUUUUCGAGCAGUUUUCAGUCGAAAUUCGAUUCGAAACGUAAUAUUAAUGAUAAGGAUGACGAUGAUGUUAUUAUCACUGAAGUGCAGCCGAUACCGAAACGGAUUGAUGAUUUUAACGAGGCAGAUUGGGCAUUACCCGCGCCAGCGAAAGCUUCAACAUCGAAAGGCACUGAUGGCGACGAUUGGGAUAGUAUCGACACAAACUCAACUACAGUAAAGAAAAGUGCCAACGUGAAUGAUGAUGAUGAUUGGGACAGUUUUGAUAAUGCUCCAAAGAAAAAAGAGUCGGCUAAUGUCGAUGGGGAUGAUUGGGACUCGUUUGAUACUAACACUUCCAAGAAAAAAUUUGAUAAGGCCAAAGAAGACGAUUGGAGCUGUUCUGAAAAGCCUCGAAAAACUACUGAUGAUGGUGACAACUGGAAUGAUUUUGAUGCACCUAGUCAUUCCACUACGAAAAAGAACGGGGAUGAUUGGGAUGCAAGAGAAGAACCAGGUGCAAGUACUUCUGGUACACGUAAGCGAUCACGUUCUGAAUCUAGUAGCUCAUCAUCUCAGUCUAGCAAGGCUGGAGACAAUGAUUUGAGUGAUCAACCGGAGCAAAAGUCACCGGAACCACAAGUAGACGAGUCGGAGGAAAAAUCUCUGGACAAUAGUAUGGACCAUGAAGAAGAAAAUAAAAAGGCAGAAGAAGUAGUGAAUUUGGAAGAACCAUCGAACGAAAUGCAACAAGACACUGACCCACUUCCUGCUGAAGGUGUGGAGGCCAAUGAAAAGCAAGAGAACGGUUCGUCAGAAAAAGAAAAGGAAUCGGAAGAGCAGCAGCAAGAAAACGAAGAAGAAAAGCCCAAGAAAGAAGAGGAAGAAGUUAAAGUUGAAGAAGGAGGAGAGAAAAAGUCGGAAGAAGAGGAGAAUAAAACGGAAACAAUUGAUUUGGAUAAGGAAAAGGAUCCUGAACCAGAGACGCCCAAACCUCGUGCGCUGCAUCGAACCAGUUCUAUUUUCCUUCGAAAUCUUGCUCCGACUAUCACAAAGUCCGAAAUCGAAGCUGUAUGUAAACGUUACGAUGGAUUUCUGCGUGUUGCAAUCGCCGACCCACUUGUUGAGCGACGAUGGUUCCGCCGGGGCUGGGUCACAUUCAAACGUGACGUCAAUAUCAAAGAAAUUUGCUGGAAUUUAAACAAUAUUCGAUUGCGUGAUUGUGAAAUGGGCGCCAUUGUGAAUCGAGAUCUAAGUCGUCGUGUACGACCUGUGAAUGGCAUCACUGCCCACAAGACUAUCGUGCGCAGUGAUAUUAAGUUGUGUGCGAAAAUUGCAUUGAAUCUUGAUGAGAAAUUCGGUCUAUGGAUUGAAGAAGCCCGGAGAGAAGGUAAUGCAACGAACGGGGACAGUUCGACCAUGUCGUUUGGAUUCAAGUCGAACAACCCAGUGCUGCAAAACAUCACGGAUUUCCUAAUCGAAGAAGCUUCAGCUGAAGAGGAUGAACUUCUUGGAUUGACCGGGAGCGAGAAUAAAGACACAUCUGAUGGAGAAAUGUUGGAUCGCGACACUCAGUUGAUAAUUGUUCUUGAUAAAUUAAUCCUCUAUCUGAGGAUAGUUCAUUCUGUUGAUUUCUACAAUCAUUGCGAAUAUCCUUACGAAGAUGAGAUGCCUAAUCGGUGUGGAAUCAUUCACGCUCGUGGACCGGCACCGCAAAACAAAAUCACAAACAAUGAUAUCCAGGAAUAUAUAAAGAAUUUCGAGAAUAAAAUGACUUCGUUUCUAUCAAAGAGUUCGCCAAUUGAAGAGGACGAGUUGAAAAACCUGGGAAUAAAAGAUCCUGAAGCAGAAGUUGAGAAAUUCAUUCAGGCGAAUACUCAGGAGCUGGCGAAAGAUAAGUGGCUAUGUCCUUUGUCUGGAAAGAAAUUCAAAGGACCCGAAUUCAUUCGCAAGCAUAUUUUCAAUAAGCAUAUUGAGAAGGUCGACGAGGUGCGUAAAGAAGUUGAAUAUUUCAAUAAUUAUUUGAGAGAUGCCAAACGACCACAACUUCCUGAGCAUCCUGGCAACACAAGAAGACAGCCCGCUGAGGCGAUGGCCCAGCAAAUGCCGUAUAGGCCCGCCUACGGCGCCCCUGCUUAUGCACCCCCAUAUGCGGCCUAUGCACCUCCUAUGGUUGCACCGCCCAGACCACGAGGAUUUGGCGUUGGUGGAGGUGGAAGGAGAGAAAUGUCGAUGGAUCAUCAACGUCGUAUAAUAGGUUAUCACGAUUUGGAUGCACCUCAGAAUUUUGACAUGUUUGAGUAGAAAACGUCACAGAACAUUCUUUUAAUAAGCAGUGAUGGCAAAAUUAUGCCAUCGAUUUCUAGUUUUGGUUAGUCAUUUCAAGUGAUAGAACGUACACAAUCUUUCUGUAAAUGAAUUCAGUUGGACAUGAAAUAUUUAGAUAAUAUUGUAUAGAGCAAUAAUAGUAACACGAUGGAAGUUAAUACGAAAGAAUUGACGGACGUUUAUGUAUUUUUGUAAUAUUUCUGAGACUUGCGACAUUGCAGUGAUAAUGUGAAAAUACUGAGAACAAUUCAUAGGAGACGAGUAUAACAUGCAAUCUUUUCUAUAAACGUUAUUUUAUGAACUUUCUCUAUCUAUCUUGAAAUAAAAUAGUUGUAGUUUAUAUCCUCAGGAUUAAGAGAUUAAUUUAUUGUGUCCGCUCGAGAUAUAUUGAACAUCAUCUUUUCUUGAAAAUCUUAUGUUUACAGAGGACAAGGUGGUGAUUAUCGUCCAAUAAUCCAUUACCGUGACUUGGAUGCGCCGCAUGAAUCAGUUGAUAUUUUAUAAAUUUUAAGAGAGAAAAAAUCUUUAGGAAAUUGCAAAAAUGCUUACUUUUUGGACAAACACCACCAUUUGCUUUUUUAAACAAUAUUUUGCUUUCACAAUUUUGAAAAUAAUUUGUAUCGUAUGUAUACUUUAGUUACAUAAUAGAGCUUAUUGUAUUUAUCCUUUCAAUUGUAAGAUUUAUUGUAUUGGCGCGGAUUAUAAUAAAACCAAAUAUAAAAGUCA